AUGCCAUCCGCCAAGCAGUCAUUUGUGUUGUCCGCGGCGACGCAAGAAGUGCUCAAGGAUUAUGAUGAACACGUUGCAGGCGGUUUCGCACCACUUCCAGUGGCGAUUGCGAAAGCCAAGAAUGCUGAUGUCUGGGAUGUCGACGGAAAACAAUACGUGGACUUUUUGAGCAUGUAUUCAGUGGUGAACAUGGGGCAUGGGCAUCCGCGCAUUGUCUCAGCCGCCAUAGACGCCAUGAAAGAAGCAGCAUGUGUCAACAUUGCAUUUCACAACCCCCUAUAUGGCCGAUUGGCCAAACGACUUUACGAGGUAUUUGGAUAUGACAAAUUUGUGGGCAUGACUAGCGGAUCCGAGGCUGUUGAUGCGGCAGUGAAAAUUGCCAGGAAAUGGGCGUAUUGUGUCAAAGGAAUUCGAGACGGUAGUUGUCACAUCCUUACAGCGACAGCAUGCUAUCAUGGCGUGUCGUUGUCGACGGUCUCUUUAGCCAGCAAGAAAGCUGACCACUUCAGCCAAUACCUUCCAAACGUCGGAUCAACAGCACCGAGUGGGACGUUGGUGCGCUAUGGAGUGAUCGAGGAUCUACGGAAAGCCCUGACGGAAGAUGGUACAAAGAUUGGUGCCUUUAUGAUCGAGCCCAUACAGGGCUCAGCGGGGAUCAUCGUCCCACCAAAGGGUUACAUCACCGAGGUCGCAGCACUAUGCAAAGAGCACAAUGUACUGUUCAUCGCAGAUGAGAUCCAGACUGGCUUUGGCAGAGCCGGAUCCAACUUGUGCCACCAGCGAGACGGCGUCAAGGCAGACUUAGUGGUCUUAGGUAAAGCUUUGUCCGGUGGUCUCUAUCCCAUGUCUGGCGUCAUGGGACCUGCGCGAAUAAUGGAUGUCAUCUCACCUUAUGAAAUUGGCACGACAAUGGCGAACAACCCUCCCGGGUGUGCCGCUGCUUUGGCUGCGCUGGAUGUUCUUGUGGAGGAGAAACUAUCGGAUCGAGCAAACUACUUGGGCGGGCUCUUACUGGAGAAGCUCCGGUCAUUCGAUCUUCCCCAUGUGAUCGAGUUCUCGGGAAGUGGGUUGUUCACUGCCGUGGUUAUCGAGCAGAAGCCGCCCAAGGUUACCGGACGGAGGAUCACGGCGUUGCUGGCGCAGAGAGGUGUCCUUGCCAGCGCUACUGGUCUGGGUAACAGGAUCAGAUUCUGCCCGCCAUUGACCAUCAGUGAAGAGGAUCUUUUGAGGGGCGCAGAUAUUAUAGCGACGGCGUUUGCAGACGUGGAAGAUAUGGACGACAUUCCAGGGCAUCUGGGACUGCUUGGUGGUACACAGGGUCAACAUGACGCUACAAUAUGGACUCGAUGGGCUAAGACUUACAAUGCCCCUGUCUUUCAACUCCGAUACGGCACUCGACGCGUUGUUGUUGUAAAUACGAUGUCUGUCGCACGAAGUCUGAUCGCCGGUCCGAAUGCUGCAGCACUCUCAUCACGACCACAUGAGCCGAUCAUGAGCCAGACAUUCGGGCUGGGCGUGGGAACCCAACCCAUGUGCGACCGACUGAAAAGGAUGCGGACGGCGGCCAUGAAAUCGGUCGCUCGGCCGACAUGGUCCUUUCUCGACCCUGCAGCUCACUACCAGACCUCCCUCAUGGAGGCAGAUCUGAAGACUCAAGGCCGGGAUGGGACUAUCUCUUUGGACCCAUUCCCGUUGCUUCAACGACUGACCAUGAACCUCAGCUUCCAGAUAACCUACGGCAUUCAAAUCGACAGCACCGAGGAGGCCCGGUACCAGGGCAUUCUUAAACAGGCAGCAAACGUCAGCCGGAUGCAGUCGGUGACAAAGACAUGGGCCAAUUUCAUUCCGAUCUUGAUGUGGACUCCGCAGGUGCGAAGAGACAUUAAGCGUGCUCGAGCGGGACAGGCUAUGCGCGUUGCAUAUCAAAGGGAUCUCUUCGAUCAGUUGGUCAGGGAAAGGAGCUUUGGAAAGCGACCGGCCUGCAUUGCGGCGUCUCUGCUGGAUGACGGUGAAGCUAAGCUAAACCAAGACGAAAUCGACGCCAUUUGCAGAGCCAUGCUACAAGGAGGUGUGGAGACCAUUGCUGGCACUCUUGCAGGUGGACUGGGAAGUCUUUCAACGCAGGCCGGUCAGAAGAUCCAGGAAGCUGCAUACAACGCGAUCCUAGAGGUGUACGGAGAUGCAGAUACCGCCUGGAAGGAGGCAUUCGCCCCUGAAAGAGUGCCAUAUCUGUCAGCCAUUUAUAAAGAGUGCUUGCGCUUCUAUACUGUCUCGGCCGGUGGCCUCCCUCACGAAACCAUGAGGGAUGUACACUAUGCCGAUAUGGUCAUCCCUGAAAAGACUAUCAUAUACUUCAACAAUGAAGGGAUUAAUCAUGAUGAUGCGUUCUACGGGGACGGCAAUGUCUUUCGUCCUGAAAGAUGGCUUGAGGAACCCCUUGUGAGCAUCAAAGGCCUCGGACACGUUGCCUACGGACCCGGCCCCCGAAUAUGUCCCGCUAUGCAUCUUUCCAACCAUGUCAUGUACGCGCUUUUGAUGCGGCUGAUCCUGGACUUCCGCUUUACCGCAGACGAAAAGGCGCCGCCGGUGACGGAUGGAGUACACUUUGGACCGGGCUUGGAGGGUUUGAACAAGACUCCCUACCCAUUCAGACUGUACUUUACCCCUAGGGAUGACGACGCCGCAAAGAGGAUUUCCAGAGGCGGGCUAGGGAAGACCCAGGCAUGA